AUGGAAAAAGGACAAAGAGAAAAUCGAUCAGAAGAAAGCAGUGAUGAGGAAUUAUUAAAUCAGGAAAAUCAGAAAGUGGAUAACAAAGAAAAACAAUUGACGUGUGUGAUAUGUUCUAAACAAUACAAAAAUAAAAUAACAUUGAAGCAGCAUAUGCAGAGUCAUUUAGGUAAACAAAAGUGUCAAUACUGUGAAAAAUCAUAUAUACGUCUAACAGAUCUACGUAUUCACGAGAAAAAUGUACACGAAGUACGCAACGAAAACAAACACAAACUGACAUCUUUCACUUGUGCGACGUGCGGCAAACACUUUGGUAGAAAAUAUCAUCUUACUAGACAUAUUGCCAGUGCGCAUCCACACUCUACUCAGAGACAGUCCAGAUCUCAGUUUUCCUGCAGACAUUGUGCUUGUGUGUUUCCAAAUUAUAACGACUUGUUUCAACACGUGACAGAAAAUCACCCAUUAAAUCAACAAGGAGGCCGAAUGGAGACGGAACCACGUACAUUGAAUAAUGAUGAACCUGUCCCAAAUAAUGGUGAAAAAGUGCUUGAUAGGGAUGAUGGGAAAGUGCAGCAGCGGACUGAAACUAGUGAAAACAUGCACCCUUCUGCUGACGAAUCGGCGAUUGAGAAUGCUGUUGUUAACAGAAAUAUAUACCCAAGGAGUGGUGAACAAUACGACGCUCUGACAUUUUUUGGCAAUAUCAGAAAUCAAGUAAGAACAUUUUUGCAGUCUAGAGUACAAGCAUUGAGGGGCAUAAAGUGGAAUUUAUGUGUACAAGUGGAGAUGCAGAGAGAUGAUGGAGAAGAUGCGACAGUUACAGCGCCGUAUUUCAGAAGCCGAACUUAUAUAACUUUGUCUUUGGACGACUUUAAUGAUCACGAUAUAAAUGAAGCUAUGCAGAAAAUGUUUGCGAGUUUGGAAAAAUUCUUGCGUGAAGGUUCGGGAUGGUACGUGAAAAAAGUAUUGAAACUUGAAAUCCAUACAGUGGUGUACAGACCCGUUGGCGGUUCCACAUACAUUCCUUUGCCAAAGACACUUAAUUUAAGCCACAGUCUGUUAAAUAUACAGAACCAAGACAACAAGUGUUUCCUGUACUGCUUGUUAGCAUCUUUACAUCCGACUUUAAUACAACCUCAACGUGCAGAACAUUACUAUCAAUAUGAACAAGAAGUCAACAUGUCCGGGAUCACCUAUCCCGUUACCUUAUCGCAAAUUCGCAAGGUGGAAAACCAAAAUGAAAAUAUUUCCAUCAAUAUCUUUGCUUAUGAAGACGACUCAAUCGUCCCAUUGAGAAUUACUGAAAAGCGAAAUCGUCUGCACCAUGUGAAUUUACUGUGGCUGACCUGUGAGGAGACAUCACAUUAUUGUUUAAUUACGAAUUUGAAUCGCUUUCUGUCUCGCACAAACAGGCAUACGGGGCAACUAUAUUUCUGUCCUUACUGUUUGCAUGGCUUUCGCAAAGAAACAUCCUUGCAGGAGCAUCAACAAUACUGCUCGAGGCAUGAAGCGCAAAGGAUAGAACUCCCUAUUCCCGGUGAAAAUGACAUUCUAGAAUUCAAAGAUUAUGAAAAAACUUUGAAAGUGCCCUUCGUCAUCUACGCCGAUUUUGAAACCAUUAACAUGAAACUACAUACGUGUGCGCCUAAUCACAAACACUCGGCUGCCACACCCACGACCAAACUUGAAGUGUGUGGGUUUGGAUACAAAGUCGUGUGCGAAGAUGAUAGAUACACCAAACCUUCUGUGAUUUAUAGAGGCGAAGACGCUAGUAGUAAAUUUAUUGAAAGUUUAUUACAAGAGCAGGAAGAAAUACAGGAAAUUCUUUCAACAGUGGAGCCCAUGCAGAUCACUGACGAACAUGAUGAUCUCAUUACAAAUGCCGUUGACUGCUGUAUCUGUAAAAAAACAUUUACUGCUUAUGACAAGAUAUAUGGUAGGAUAGUCAGACAUCAUAAUCAUUUGACGGGUGAAAUCAUCGGACCAGCCUGUAACAGUUGUAAUCUCAGUUGUCAGCAAGCAAACUUUCAAUUUCUUCCAACCUCGUUAGAAACUUUGGUGGACAAUUUAGCUCAAGAUGGAUUAGAAGCCUUCCAGCAUGUGCUGUCUGAAACUGUCAACAACGAAGAUGCAGGUCUUCUUCUUCGCAAGGGCGUUUAUCCAUACGAAUAUAUGGAUUCCUUUGAUAAGUUUGAUCAGUCACACUUACCACCUAGAGAGCAAUUUUAUUCGACAAUCAAACAGGAGCAUAUUUCGAAUGAAGAUUAUGAGCAUGCACAGACCGUCUUUAAGAUGUUCAACAUGACAUCUUUGGGUGAAUAUCACGAUCUCUACUUAAAAACUGACGUGCUAUUACUGAGUGACGUGUUCGAGUCAUUUCGAACUUUGUGUAUGAAACAGUACGAGUUGGAUCCGUGUCAUUUCUAUACUUCACCUGGUCUCUCCUGGUCCUCUUGCUUGAAAAUGACGGGUGUCAAACUCGAGUUGCUGACGGACAUUGAUAAAAUAUUGAUGGUAGAGGCUGGCAUUCGUGGAGGUGUGUCCCAGAUAUCUAAUCGUUACAAGAAAGCAAACAACCCGUAUUUGCAGGAUUAUGACCCUUCACAGCCUACGUCAUUUCUACAAUACCUAGACGCAAACAAUCUCUACGGGUGGUCCAUGGUCCAACCACUUCCGGUUUCAGACUUUGCUUUCAUGGAAGAAAGAGACAUUCAAUUAUUUGAUGUCAUGUCCGUUCCUGAGCAGGGAGAAACGGGGUACAUCCUAGAGGUUUCCCUAGGGUAUCCGAAAAAUCUCCAUGAUGAGCAUAAUUGUCUGCCCUUGGCACCUGAACGAAAGAUUAUUCCUAACGAAGUUCUAUCGCCAUAUGCGCAACAUCUGCUUAGAAAACUGCAUGGACUGUCUGAGGAUGAUCCCCUUCCUAACCGUGGCAAAGUGGAGAAACUGUUGACUACAUUAGAAGAUAAAGAUCAUUAUGUGCUCCACUACAGAAACUUACAGUUGUACCUGCGUUUGGGCAUGAAAAUCAAAACCAUUCAUAGAAUCUUGAAGUUCAAGCAAGAAGCGUGGAUGAAGCCCUACAUUGAUCAUAACACGGAGAUGCGAAAGAAAGCCAAAUCCACGUUUGAGAAGAAUUUCUACAAGCUGAUGAAUGUAUCCGUGUUUGGAAAAACAAUGGAAAACGUGAGACGUCAUAAGAACAUUGAAUUGGUACAUACAGAGAAAAGACUUAAAAAGGUCACUGCAAAACCCACUUACAAACAUACUACCAUCUUCAAUGAAGAUCUGGUGGCGGUGGAACUAUUCAAGACAAAAGUCAACUUGUUUAAACCCAUCUACUGCGACUUGAGCAAAUGCCUGAUGUAUGACUUUUGGUAUAAUUACAUCAAACAGAAAUACAAAGACAGCGCCCAACUUCAAAUGACAGAUACAGACAGCGUGCUCUAUUCCUGCGAAACGGAGGAUAUAUAUGAAGACAUGAAAGCUUCGCUGGACUAUUUUGACACAUCUGACUACCCUAAAGAACAUUUUCUUCAUAGUGAUCAAAAUAAAAAGGUCUUAGGAAAAAUGAAGGACGAAACAAAUGGAAUGCCAAUUUCAGAAUUUAUAGGACUCCGGUCCAAAAUGUAUAGUUUUUUAUGUAAUGGCAAAGAAGAGAAACGAGCAAAAGGCGUUGCUAAAGUGACAGUUAAAAAGGACUUAAAACAUGAUUGUUACAAAAACACUCUGUUUGAUGAAACGAACACGGUCUCUACCAUGCAUUCUCUUAGAAGUCACAGACACGAAUUAUUUGGCGAAACGACUCAGAAAAUAUCAUUAUCGGCAGUAGACGACAAAAGAUUCCUCAUGGAUGCAGUGAGGAGUUAUGCCUACGGACAUUUCAAAAUCGCUAGUGAUAGUAAUAAUAGGGUUGACGAAAAUGAUCCGCAAAUAGUUUCAAUCAUGUCUGUUGAGGACUUUUUAGCAAAUCAGGGUGCCAGUUGGAAAAAACUAGAUGAAGAAGCAUUCAUGAUUGGUGACUUUAAAAUUACUCCUUGUGUAAAACAGUAAAAGCGUAUAUGUAUAUUUCUUUUAUGUAACCUAUAUUUAUCUGUACAAAAGAAGAAUAAAGUACAUAUAAAACCGC